AUGCCUAGUACUGUAACUUUGGUCGUUUUGGAUAAAAUUUUCGAACGGACUGAACUGCUCUCUGUGCGCCGAGGCAGGACGAAUGGACGCGGUGCAUCUCUCGGGCUCCGGGAGGUGCGCGGCGUUCCGGGUCGCGCUGGAGGAGUGCAGGAAGCGGGCUGGACGACGGACAGCGUAAUCCAGGGAAACCUGAACCGCAGCAGGACAGCUGACAUGCUACUACCCCAGAUAGCAGACGAACUGGACGCGGACGUACUCAUACUGUGCGAGCCAUACAGAAAAHGGACAACACGGACUUGGUACACAAACGACGACGAGACGGUAGCUAUCUGGGUGAGGGGUGCUGCCCGUUCCCGGAUAACCGGCUGUGGCGCAGGGGAAGACUAUGUCUGGGUCAAAGUGGGCACUGUCACUUACAUCAGUGUCUACCUUACCCCAAACUGCGACKCGGCGGAGUUCGGGAGAAAGGUAGCGGCCCUCGAGGACGGAAUUAGGGAACUGCCUGGGGACCUGGUAGUCGCUGGGGACUUCAACUCGAGAGCGAUCGA